AUGGAACCAAUUGAUGAAAUUUUAACAACGACUCAGGCGUCCUUUGCAAGGGUAACAUAUACAACUCCGUAUACGACGCUAUAUUCGCUCUCGCCAUCGGCAAGCGCGCAGGCCGUGGUUGGGGAGACGGCGAACUUACCUUGCCGAGCCUACGGAGUGAACUCUUAUGACAGCAGAAUCAGCUGGGAAAAGGUGAGAAAAUCAAUCUGAAAGGAUGAAAAAAUUGAAACAAAAAAAAGAAAUGCUAAUUUAGCUUGAUGACGUCAUGCCGUCCCAAUUCCGAAUCAGCGACACCUCGCUUCUCAUUCCGAAGGUCAAGAAAGCGGACGCCGGAACAUAUCGGUGUAUUGUUGACACUGUUGAUGGACAAAAUCAUCUCGCAAUUGCCGAACUGAUUGUCGGCGAUUAUAUUCCGACUUUCGAUGGAAGUCGAAUAAUUGAGAUCACUCCAUUGACGCACGAGCAGUGGCAGCGGCUCGACCUUGAGGUUUCAUUCCGGCCCUCGAAAGAGAAUGGAGUCAUAUACCAUGCAGAAAGACAUGUUCAUAGCAGCGAACCUCAACUCUUCCACAACAUUGCGAUGAGGAAAGGGCAUGUUGUCUACACAUUUGACAUUGGAAGUGGAGUUAGUCGUGUUCAAAGUCCAGUUUCAAUCAAGAUGGGGGAAUGGUCAAAGGUUAGGAUUCGGAAUGACGAUAAAAAAGGUAUGGCUAAAGACGAAAAAAUUGCCAUAAACUAAAUAAUAACACAAUUUUUAGUGUCGCUAAACGUCAACCAGCAGACUAGUGGUCACUCCCGAAACGCCCCAUUGCCCAACAUUAAGGAAACAAACGAUGGAACAGUAUACCUCGGUGGGAUACCCGAAUACUCAGGGCACUACGAUCAACUCAAGAGGCCCGAUAAUUUUGCGGGUUCGUAUUUGAAACCAUACGUAAACCAUAUAAGAUUUGCAAAGAUUUCUGAAAUAUGACAUGCAUUUUCAGGUUCAAUCUCCAAACUAGUUGUUAAUGGGAAGUCGAUAGACAUCGGAGAAAGCGCAACAUCCCCGCCAGAGGUUAUUCUUCAACUUUCAACCAAUGAAUGUUUCGAGAACCCUUGCCAAAAUGCAGCUCAAUGCAGCCCAGCUCAUGAACUUGAAGGAUUUCGUUGUCAAUGCGAACCUGAGUUCACUGGAGAGUUGUGCCAAUUCCGGACGGCAGUCUGUGCUAACAGAGGUAAGGCUGAGUCCACAUACCUUUAUGACUUUUGCUUGCUUUCAAGCCAAUUGCUCAAAAUUUCAGAAGUCUGUCAGCACGGCGUUUGCGUUGACGCUGAUUGGGGAGAAUAUCGAUGUGUUUGUCCGUACGGUCGCUUCGGAAAGUAUUGCGAGCAUUUGAAAACCGAUCUCCCCCUCAUAACAUACGAUAAGAUGGGAAGAGCGAGGCAAGGAGUGAAGUUCAACGGGAAAACAUCUUUUAUCAGCAUUCCUGCGCCGCAAAGUAGUCGGCAUUUUCGAGUAGGUUGACGGGAAGCUCGAAAAUUUUCAUUUUCAGUUGUCUUUCGACAUCUUACCGAAGAACGUGAAGAGUCCUCAGCUCUUGGCUUACGUGGCAUCAAGUUAUAACUCCAAAAAGGCGGACUACAUGGCGCUAGUAGUUCAAAACGAAGCCCUUUAUGGGCUUUACCACACCAGUCAAGGUACCGAAAGAAUCCAAAGUUACGGUCGUAUUCAACCCAAUAAGACGCAUGAGAUCGGGUUUUUACAUUCCGGUUCAACCCUUGAAUUACUGGUUGACGGCCGCAGAACCAUGCAGACAUUACAUUCUCCAGUGUUUUCCACUGGAACUGCUCUUUAUAUCGGUGGAUUGGCUCCUGGAAUGUCUCCAAUUGAAGAACUAGACAGCUAUGGCUACUUUGAGGGUUGUUUAAGCUCGAUUCGAGUAAAUAGGCAACUAAUUGAAGUGGAUUCUACAAGAGAUGUGAAAUCUGGAGAUUUAGGCGAAUGCAGUUUGAAUACUGAGGAAGUGUUGGUGACAAGCUCGCCAGGUGUUGUAAGGCCCAUUUAUAUUCCACCGUCUCGGCCCGGGAAUGAAUAUUUGACGGUAAGGUUCCGUUUGUAAUAGAAAAAUACAUGUUCGAUACAGUCUUUCAUACCAAAAAGGGUAUUUUUAUUUUGUCAAAACUGCGUUGAAUAUCUUACAAUUUCAGCCUGGCGAAUCCCAACCAAAUAGCGAGCAUUACCAGGAAAGUGUCACGAUGAAACCAGACAGGACACUGGAGCCAAUGGCCAUAACGCAUCUUAUGGGCUCUGAGGACGAAAGAAUUCCGCGUGUGACUGAACUACCCACAACAACAAUGGAAGCACCAAAGGAAAAAACAACCAUUGAGAAGACAACUGAAACGACUUCAACGUCUGCCAUAUUAGCUACUACUCCUUCGACCACGACAACAAGCACAACUUCUACGACGCCGGCUGCGACAACCACAAUCACAAUAGAAGAAGCAACAACACGACAAACACUGCAAUAUGACUGGACUCCACCGCCAACAACCAUUGAACAAAGUCCAACUGCGACAACGCUGACCCCGAUUUCAGAAGAGCCUACAACGACAGAAGGGAGUAUCUGGUGGGUAAAUGAGGCUCCUGCUGCCACCACUACUCAAUUUCCGAGCACUGAGCCGCCAACGAAUCCAUCGACAACAAUCCAUGUGAUUACCAAAGAUCAGCCAUUGUAUACUACAGUAAUCCAGCCAAAAACUACAACAACUACCGCAGAAUAUCCCACAAAAUCCUCAACGAUUUCCACGGCACCACAUUCAGUUUUGCCGUCAUCAUACACAUCUCCGCCAACCCAUCAUGUACUACCUCCAGAUCAGACAGCACCUCCGCCAACUUCAAACCCGUACUUAACACAUUCUCAGAAUCUAGAAACCACCAGAUAUACCGAAUUGAUCUCGACGGAUCUGCAACUAACCCCAACAUAUCAGGCAAAACCAACGAUGGUGUCAUAUGAAGAAGAGGAUCUUGUUUCCACAGAUAUAAUUAGACCAACCGUAGAACGAUUAGAUGAAGUUAGAACAGGACUUUGCGAAGACGCGGACUGUGGAGAGCAUGGGAUUUGCGAAGCGGUGAAUACGACUCAUGUUGCAUGUGCAUGCAGAGAUUAUUACGUCGGACCGAACUGUGAUCAAUGUAAGUUUAAGGGUUGGGUAAAACGUCUCGCUCCUUAAAAAAUGACCACAUAAUUUUACAUGGCCCACGAUAAUACAUAUUAUAUUGCUUCUCAUGUUUUCAGUCAAGCCGAUCGAAUAUGCCGCCCGCUUCGAAGGCAAUGCUUUUAUUGUCUUCUCCGUCGAUGACUUCCCCCAUUUGACGUCCGAAAAGCGCGAAAUAAUCGAGUUCCGUUUCCGGACGACGGCCGAAUACGGUCUUAUGCUAUGGCAAGGGCAAAGCUUGGACAACAGCAUCGUCGGAGAGGAUUAUGUUUCGAUCGGGCUGAAUGACGGAUUCUUGGUCUUUUCGUACGAACUGGGGGGCGGUGCCGCUCAAAUCACGAGCGAAAUGCCUGUCAACGACGGGAAAGAGCAUUAUUUGAGAGUGGAGAGGAGAGGGCGAAACGGAUCGCUCAUCAUCGACAAUCAAGAGCCAGUGGAAGGGAGGAGUAGUGGAAUUUUGGCCAUGUUGAAUGUCGAGGGCAAUAUUUAUAUCGGUAAGAUAUGUAGUAUGUUUUAAAGAUGAUUAGACUGUAUUUUCCCCAAAUCGAAAGGAAGCUUCUAGUUUUAUUUCUUUCUUUUUUUUAAUGCUUACUUUUCAGGUGGUCUUCCUGACUUGGCCACAAUGACCGCCGGCCUGCAUUCCCACAAUUUUGUGGGCUGUAUUGCGGACCUGCGGUUGAACGAGGACCCCUUGGAUUUAAUGGGAAAUGCCAUCGACGGCCGAAACGUGAAACCGUGCGAAGGAUGGACCCGAAAGCGAAAAUGGCUGCAGCAAAAAUAUCGCCGUUUCCUGCGGCAUGGAUAA